CUUCCAUCGUUGAGGAGGAGAAGCAGCAGGAAGCAGCUCUGAUCCGCAGCAGAGAGAAACCUCUGGCUCUCAUUCAGAUUGAGGAGCGAGCCAUCCAGGACCUUCUGGUCCACUACCAGGCGCAGGACAACCCCGAUGAACUGAUAGUGGUGGAGACGACACCUACAGGUCCAAUGGCAGCUCCCACCUGGCACAAACACUAAAGACUGAUCAGGUGCAGCAGCUGCAUGCCGUUACAAUCCUGUUGCUCUCAGUGAUAAGUGGAGGAUCGCUGAGGUUCUGAUCAGAAGUCCAACUCACUCAGUGCAUGUAAAAAUGGGUCAGAAGUUCAUCUGGGCUCCUUUUCUCUCUGAAGUGUUGCUUUCAUCUUAAUAUAUUGCUGCUCAGUGUUUUUGUUCARAAGUGAAAGAAUGAUAGCUUUUUAUUUGAGUGUGGUUCUUCAUGAAGCUUUGGGUCUGCAGGGAACUCCUGCAUCCCUCAACAACAACAACAACAACAACAACAACAACAACAUUUACAACCACUAAACAGCUUUCCUCAGUACGUCUCAUUUACUAUGUGAAAUCGCCAAAGAACUAAAUUAAGUCACAAAAGUUCAAACUAAUUCACAAACGUGUCUAAUUAAUGAGAGCUAUGUGAGAUGAACAGUGCCAAUAAGUCACUGAGUUGUGUUACAUUUUCUUUACAUAGUUUGUCCACUUGCAGGUUUCUGUGCAGUAAUGGCAGUUGUGAUUGCUGGUGACAACUUAUAUAAUUGGGUCUGUGUUUUUGUGUUGUUUUGCUUUUGUUCUGAAAUCAAGAUACAUUCAUGUGCCACUGAUGAUUUUCUUUGUGUGUAUUCUUUCAUCAGUUACUCUUGUUGUUUUCCUGAAGCCAGCAAACACUUGGUACCUUUAAAUUUGGACCACCUCUUUGGAAAACAUUUUUGUGUUUGGUUUUUUCUGUGCGUAUAAGACCUAAGGAUGUGAAAUGAAAUUGGCUUUCAACAAUUAAAACCCUUUCCUUGUGCAUCA